UUUCUCUCUCUCAAGGUUAUUUUAUCGAGCGUAUAUAUGUGUGUAAAUUAGUUUAUAUUUUGACAUGUGACUCACGCGAACCAACAGAGUCACUUUGAAUAAUCUGUGAUAUCAGAAAUUUCCUUAAUGUUUUUCUACUGACGAUUAACAUCUUUGGGAGAUUAUUCUAACAAGAAAGCCUUUUGGCGUAUCUACAAGACCGUAAAAUUGCAGUGUUGGUAACGUAUGGAAAAUCAAGUUAGAAUUUUGCACAGUUACACAGUAUAGAUGACAACAGAUGAAUCAUUGGGAGCAGUGAACCAAGGAGAUUAUUUCCACCUAGCCUAAACCUCCCGCAGUACAACGGAGGAUGGCAGAGGUCAGGAUUUGAACCCGGGACCAUCAACCAAAGGACAGUCAAGAGCGCAUACCGCACGACCAGGCAGUCAUCCUAGGGUCUGUAUUUAAGUGUCUUCUUCACAUUUAUUUUUCUUUUCUUAUCGGCUUUUCUUUUUGAAUCAAGCCAGAAAGUUCAUGCUUCACAACACACCGUUUUCAGAGUAUCGAUCUUGCACUAAAUAUGAAGAAUCUAAAGUUGAACGGACGUUUUUGUCUUGCAAGAUAAACAGCAACUGUUUCUAAGCCAGUAAACUGUACACAUUUAUGAUCAGCGGUUAUCGAUUUGUUUUCUCCUGAAAUGUAUGAUUUUGUUUACUUUGAUACAUAGCGUAUAGGCUAAGGAGUCCACACAUAGAAGAAUCAAUUACUAUAAAUGAAAGAAUAAAAUGUUUAUGUACUUCAUAAUUGGACAAACUUGGCCAUUUCUUGGUUGGAAUUUCAUAAAUAGAUUUUUUGUUUCGACCGAGAAAUUUUAUCUAAUACACGUCUUUGUCUUACAAUAUUAGUCAUACUUUGCUAAACUAUACCAACAGUCAAUGUAUCUUACAAUAAGUAUAUGUACGUAUGAAAUGAAAUGUUCUCUUUUCUAUUAUCAUUUUUAGUCCUUUUUAUCGUAAUAAAUGCAUGGUUUACUAACACUAUAAAAAUACACAGUAAUUUCAAUCUUGACAUUUCAAAACAUUUUUUUAAUAAGCCUGCAUUAUAUUCUGUGGGUUAUACGCUUUUCUCUCAAAUCAGGUGAUUUGUUGUAUUCCAAAAACAAAGUCUACUAGUUAGACUGUAUUCUUAAAUAUAAGAAAAUAAAAAAAAAGAGUUUGUGUUUUCACACAAACUCCAAAUGGACUCUAUGUGUCCGUUGAAUAGUAAACAAUGCAGGUCAGGUUUCAAUAUUUUCACCACAAAUAUAAAAAGCUAAGAAAUUGAAUUAAUGGAUACUGUCACAGUGUCCCGUGCCCAAAACAACAUUUAAAAUCUAAAUCCGCCUCUGUCAGAUUAAUAUUUAUCUUAUUGCGGAACUUUCCGAAAUUAUUUUUUUCUUCAUAAACCAAACGAAUCUUGUAGAUACGUCCAUAAACUUCGAUAGUUUGGAUUACAAAGAUCCAUGUACCUACAGCCAGUUCAACGCAAGAAAAUGUUUUAUUUGGAAGAAAAAUUAUUGACAUUUUAAAAAUGGGAACAAAUUAAAUCCCACGUUCUGGAAUUGAAACAGUGGGUCUCAAAAUGAAUAUAUGUAGGCUUGCUUCAUAUAGACCUGUGGCUAAUUUUCAUACGCCCAUAUCAUUUCUAAAACUCUCUCAUGCGGGAUUCAAGUAUUCAGGGCAUGGCCUUGACAUUGUGUGCGAGCACUGUCAUAAAUCACACUCGCUGAUAUCGUUGUCGAACGAUUUGAGUCCUAGCAGUUCAGACUUGCAUAACUUUGGUUGCUCACAGAUAGAGAAUGUCAUCGUUACAACAAAUGUUGCCUCGGGAGCUGUAUCAGACAUUCCACAAUCAGACCGGACACUUUAUCCUCAUAUACGUGAAGAGGAAACUCUAGGAUCACUAGAUCUAAGAAGUUACGAAGCUCCUUUUAAUCUGGCAGCUCAUGUUUCACCACUUGAUCAGAUACCUUCUCCACUGAAUGGUGAUACACCAUCAGAUCUACCAUCAGAUCCACCAUUAAAUCCACCAUUUUAUCCGUUGUACUCCAGUAUUCACAAAAGAAUUGACAGUUUUCAAAAAUGGGGAUAUUCAAAUAUUUUAGAUCCUAACACAUUAGCCCAGGCAGGAUUUUUUUAUGCAGGGUACAGCGAUUGUGUGCGUUGCUUUCAGUGUGGAUUAGGUUUGAGAUCAUGGAAGCUGGGAGAUGAUGUAUUAGUGGAGCAUACUAAAUUCAGACCAUCAUGUUCUUUGCUUCAGUCCAUUUUAGCACGGAGACAUAUCCAAUCUACUGAUUCUAGUGUACACAAUAAUUCAGAGGUGGAGUCGAGAGAGAACGUGAACGAGAACAUAGCCAAAGUAACGGCCACUGAGUUUGGCCCGACUGAAGCGACAUCAUGCACACCUCUAAAUGAACGAAACAUUAAUCUAGUGCAAGAGAGGGGUUUAGUUGAGAGAGCAUCUACAAGGGAGCUCACUGACCAAGAAAUCAGUGACACUGAACCAUCUUACAGCGGAUUAUCUACGUCUCCAGCAGCCCCAAGCCAGAUUGACUAUUCUAAUCAGAUGGCGAGGAGAGAAAGUUUCAACAGUUGGUCAGGUCAAUGUCCUUUGAAUCCGGAUGUUUUGAGUCUUUUCUAUUAUUUUAUAGGCCCUGACUUUUGCUUUAAAUGCUGGCGAUGUAAGAUAGUGAUUCACAUUAAUGGAGAUGAAGAAGGUCUUCAUCGGCUCAGGCUCGAGCUAAAUGAAGGUCGACCUAUCUGUUGCCUUUGCUACCACAGGCUACCUCGCUUAUCGUCUCAAUCAGGCGUUGUUUCUCAAGUCGACGACAGAGGAGAGGAUGAAGACCUGUCAGAAGAAACCUGAUUCUCUAGUAACAAAAGACAAUCGUACUUUUGCUAAAUAGCGUUGCAUAGAAUCACUGAAUAUCAGAGUUUGGGGAAAAUACUUCAUUGUAACAGUCUCUGCGAAUAGGCUGUUAGGACUGUAGUCUUUUAUUUGUAACUUUCAGAAUGUGAAAGAAGAACCUUUUCCCAUUUUGUAUAUUCCGUGAAAAGAAGACACUAAUUCUUCUAUUGAAUGUCUUCACUGAAAAUGCAAUAGAUAAGAACAAGAGCUCAUUCUAUCAGCCCUAAAAGGCAAUAUAAAGCUAUGUGGCUGUAGAUACUCGGUUGAUGUGUUGUAACUCUAAACUCUAAAGUUAUUCAACCGUUGUAAGAGGAUUAAGUUCCUAAUGCCGAACUUGACUCAAACUUGAACAAACAAAAACUGAAUGUAACUUUAAUUGACAAAUAGACGCAGAUUCAAAUGCAAUGUAGAUAUAAGAAAAAUUAUACCUGAAAUAGUGACCAUUUAGACAAAAUGCAACUCCCUAAAUACUAAAACUACAGUCUGUCUUUAGUUUUCAGCAUGACUCUCACAUUUUAAUUUCCACUCCCCUAUUAAAACUUUUAACUUCGAUAGACUUCCACGUCUUUCCAUCAGAGUCUAUUCAGCUAUUACAAAGGAAUCAUCCGCCACAGUUUUAUUAAUGCUUACAUCAAAACACACACACGCACACACUCCAGCGGCUAUUUAAUACCAAGCUAAUUAUCAACAAAUACUUUCCUUAUGUAAUAUUUUGCCAUAAUAAAAAUAAAUAAAACAUAUUUAAAAAUUC